UAGGAAGAAAAAAAAAAAACUUGUGGGAUGCUUUUACUCACACUCACUCUUCUUGCCUCUACAACCCAAAAGCAAAGUGCCUCCGAAUCCGAUCAAUGGAAAACUCAGAGGAAGGAAGCGAACAACUUUCCUUCUCUCCAAACCCUAACAAUGCCAACGCCAAUCAAAGCCAAAACGACACCGAAGACGACAACGACAUCGACGAAGAGGAAGAAGAAGAAGAAGACGAUGACGUUUCGCCGGAGCCGAAUCAGCAAAACCCCCAAUCCCCAUUGUCGCGGUUGCUCGAGCAGCGGUCCAAGGUGGAAACCGUGUUCCGGCGAUUGUCGUCGGAGCUAGUUCCUAUUCGAGUCCACGACGUCCUGAUUCACGGCAACACGAAGACCAAGGAUUGGGUGAUCCAAGCAGAGCUCAAGGUCGUCGAGAAUGCCACCACCAUGCAAGAGCUCAUUAGCGCCUCCGAAAUCGCCCUUGCUAGGCUUCAGAGCCUUGAGAUUUUCGAUUCCAGCAAGCUCACGCUCAAGGCAGGGCCGCCGGAGUUGCCGCACACCGCCAAUGUCAUCGUCAACGUCGUUGAGACCGCUAAAAAAAUCUCCGGUGAAUUCAGUGUUUAUACGAAACCCUCGACUAGUGCUUGGACUGCUGAAGGUGCUCUUAAGUACAAAAACUUGUUAGGUUAUGGUGAUCUGUGGGAUGCCUCUUUGGCCUAUGGUGCCAACCAAGCAACGGAGGUGAGUGUAGGGGUGUAUGCCCCUCACCUUAAAGGAUUGUUGACACCUCUUGUAGCACGACUAUCCAUGCUUUCCCAAGAUUGGCAAGAGUUUUCUUCAUACAAAGAGCAAUUGUUGGGCAUGUCUCUUGGCUUAAUCUCAACAAAGCACCAUGACUUAGUAUACACUCUUGGAUGGCGUACCUUGACUGAUCCAUCACAAUUGUCAUCCAGGUCUAUAAGGAGGCAGCUUGGGCAUGGUUUGCUAUCCUCUUUGAAGUAUACGUUCAAAAUUGACAGGAGAAACUCACCAAUUAGGCCAACAAAAGGAUAUGCUUUUCUUUCUACCACUCACGUUGGUGGUCUUACGCCAGAUCAUCGGAGCUUGCGGUUUUUGCGUCAGGAGUUUGAUGUUCGCUGUGCUGUUCCCUUUGGGUUUUAUAAUACAGCUCUUAACCUUGGGAUUUCUGCUGGUGCUGUUUUUCCAUGGGGGCAUGGUUUCAUGAACAAGCCAUCUCCUCUUCCUGAAAGGUUUUAUUUGGGUGGUGAUUUCUCUCCAGUUUGCACCAUGGGGGGACCUAUAACAUUGUGGGGAUUUAAAACUAGAGGAUUAGGUCCUACUGAACCUCGAAGGCGAAGCAGAGAUGAAAUUAUUGACAAUGAUGAUUCCUCUAGAUGGGACUUCGUUGGUGGAGAUCUUGCUGUUACUGCUUUUGCCGACUUCUCUUUUGAUCUUCCUGUUAGGUGGUUGAGAAAACAUGGAAUCCAUGGCCAUGUUUUUGCUGGUGCUGGGAAUACUGCUAAAUUAACUCAGUAUGAGUUUAAGCAUUUUUCACCUCGGAAGUUCUUAGAAUCCUUUCGAACAUCAGUGGGAUGUGGAUUUGUUGUUCCUACUAGACUUUUCCGCCUAGAGGGUAACUUCUACUACGUACUCAGGCAAGCUGAACAUGAUCGUGGAAAAACUGGAUUUAGGUUCAGCUUCUCAGCACCUUCUUAGAGACUUGGUUCACAAUUGAGAUUCUUUUUCUCUUUAUGUAAUUCUCAAGCUUCAAAUAUUUUUGCUCUGUCACUGGAUGGGUGGUACUUUUCUAUUCCUUGUCAUUUGAAAUCCAGACUGAAAAUCAAGAAAGUUUGUCGUUUCAGCGUUGGGGAUUUGUAGGAUCAGUCUUUGUAGUAGAAAUUACCCCGUGGAGCUCAUAACAUAUAAGCCGAUGCUCAUUGCAUGGCAAUGGUGUAUGAAAAUUGAAAUUCAUUCACUCGUGAACUGCUACUUUAGAAGGCCCUCGAUUGGCACCGAGAAUUCUCAAACUUUGUUUGUUCAGCUUAAAUGAAUAA